CAUUCGCAUGUUCUGCCACAUUACCUAGCAUGGACAUCGUUCCUCACUGACGUGACCAAUCGAUCCAGAUGCGUUAUCAAAAUCGAGAAUCCGAGUUCGAAACUGUGAAAUUUUGUAUGAUCUGUUGUGUGGAUCCAUGUUUCCGCACUGGUAGAAAUUCUCGGGGCAUUUGCUGAAGUAUUCAUGGCGGAGGAGCGAUCGGGGACGGGGAAAUUGACGCUGAAGUCCGUGGAUUCCGCCGAGUGGCGAUGGGUAUAUCAAAGCGAUGAGGGAUCCGAAGUCAAUAGCGAUGGUGAAGCCUGGGCUCCCGGGGACGGUGAGGAUGCGCUGCUGCGGGAUUCCGACGACGAAGAAUUUUUCGAACAGAAGUUGAUUCGCACGGGGUGUAAGGUCGAUUCUUUUGAUGUUCAGGUCCUCGAAGUUCCCGGUGUUAAGAGAGAUGAUUUUGCGUCACAGGAUAUCUCUUUGGGAAGGAGAAUCAUGCUGGGUUUUCAGAUUCUUGCGGUUGUUUUUGGUGAUGUGGGGACUAGUCCGUUGUACACCUUCAGUGUGAUGUUCAGCAAGGCACCAGCCAACAGAAAGGAAGAUAUUCUUGGUGCAACGUCUCUAGUUUUGUAUACCUUAAUUCUGAUUCCACUUAUGAAGUAUGUCUUUAUUGUUCUCUGGGCUAAUGAUGAUGGUGAAGGUGGUACAUUCGCCAUAUACUCUUUGAUAUGUAGGCAUGCUAAAGUUAGUCUUCUACCAAACCACCUUCCAUCAGAUGCUCAUGUAUCUAAGUUCAAACUGCUACUGCCAACUCCUGAACUAGAAAGGUCACUGAGAAUAAAGGAAAGGCUUGAAACUUCUCUAACCCUAAAAAAGCUUCUUCUGAUGUUGGUUCUUGGUGGUACUGCAAUGGUGAUAGCCGAUGGUGUUGUUACACCUGCAAUGUCAGUUAUAUCUGCUGUUGAAGGUCUCAAUGUUGGAAUUAUAUGGGUGGAGCAAGAUCAUGUGGUGAUGAUUUCAGUAGCGAUUCUAAUAGUUUUAUUCAGUGUACAAAGCUAUGGGACAAGUAAAGCGGGUCUUGUAUUUGGUCCUGCAUUGCUCGUCUGGUUUUGUUCUCUCGGAGGCAUUGGUAUAUACAACCUUGCCAAACAUGAUUCUAGAGUUCUGCAGGCAUUUAAUCCAAUUCAUAUUUACUAUUACUUUAAGCACAAUACAACCAAGGCUUGGUAUUCCCUUGCAGGCUGCCUCCUUUGUGCUACAGGUUCUGAAGCAAUGUUUGCUGAUCUUUGUUAUUUUUCUCUGAGGUCAGUGCAGCUUACAUUUGUGUUUCUCAUACUGCCUUGUCUUCUAUUGGGUUACCUUGGUCAAGCUGCUUAUCUAAUGGAGAACCCUGCUGACACAACACAGGCAUUCUUCGCUUCUGUUCCAAAUGGAGCUUUCUGGCCUGUCUUCCUCAUAGCCAAUAUUGCUGCUUUGGUUGCUAGUAGAACUAUGACGACUGCCACUUUCUCGUGUAUUAAACAAUCAACGGCACUUGGUUGCUUUCCUCGUCUUAAAAUUAUACAUACCUCACGGAAAUUCAUGGGCCAGAUAUAUAUUCCAGUUAUGAAUUGGUUUCUACUGGCUCUGACCCUGAUUCUAGUUUGCAACAUACAAAAUAUUUAUGAGAUUGGCAAUGCUUAUGGUAUUGCUGAAGUUGGAGUCAUGAUGAUGACAACCACCUUAGUAACUCUUGUCAUGCUUCUUAUAUGGCGGAUAAAUAUUGUUAUUGUGCUGUGUUUUGUGAUUAUUUUCUUGGGGUUGGAGUUGAUAUUUCUUUCCUCAGUUUUGUGGAGUGUUGGAGAUGGAAGUUGGAUCACACUGGUGUUUACUGUUGUCAUAUUUCUGAUCCUGUCUAUAUGGAACUAUGGAAGCAAGCUGAAGUAUGAGACCGAGGUGAAGGAAAAAAUGUCAAUGGAUUUGCUUCGGAAACUGGGACCUAACCUGGGUACGAUUAGGUCUCCUGGAAUUGGCUUGCUCUACAAUGAGCUACCAAUGGGUGUACCUGCUGUGUUUGGACAUUUUCUUACCACACUACCUGCAGUGCAUUCAAUGAUCCUAUUUGUGUGUGUGAAGCAUGUUCCAGUAUCCUUUGUCCCUCAAAGCGAGAGGUUUCUGUUUAAGCGAGUCUGCCCCAGAAGCUACCACAUUUUUCGCUGUGUUGCCAGAUAUGGCUACAAGGAUGUUCACAAAGAAAACCACCAGAUCUUCGAGCGAUUGCUGAUGGAGAGCCUCGAGAAGUUCAUCCGUCGAGAAGCUCAGGACAGAUCGCUGGAGAGUGAUGAUGAUAGUGACUCAGUCUUUGAAGAAACAGAGGCAUACUCAGAGACAUUCAAAGCUCCCAAUGACAGUGCUUUUUCACUUCAAGCUCCUCUUCUAGGUGACUUUACUACAGACAGGGUCAGGUUCGCCCCAGAAGCGAGCACAUCCGAAGAAGGGACAAAUGAGCCUUCUUCUGCUCGUCACAGCAGAGAGAAUCCAGAGCAAAGCCUUGAAAAAGAGCUUUCUUUCAUACACAAAGCAAAGGAGUCUGGUGUUGUAUAUCUUCUCGGCAAUGGCGACAUCAGGGCGCGUAAAGAUUCUUGGUUUUUUAAAAAACUUACCAUUAAUUACUUCUAUUCUUUCUUGAAAAAUAACUCCAGGAGGGAGACUGCAAAUUUGAGCAUUCCACAGUCGCAUCUGGUGCGGGUGCGCAUGACGUACAUGGUCUAGCAUUGCUCAUUACAGAUCACACAAACUUGUACAAGUUAUGAUCAUGCUCAGGUAAGUCUUAGGCAUUGCUUUAAAAUCACAAAUCUAGUAGAUGAAUCUAUACCAUACAUAGUAUACAUCUUGGAUGUUUAGAGGCAGGUUAUGCAUUUGGAAAAUACUCCAGUUUUGGAAAGUGUACAUUUGUAAUUUACAUGUCAAUAAAACUUGGAUAUUUUUACCAUGCAAUAGUUAACCUGCAGG